CAUCACCUCUGCCCGACCUCGCUUCUUGUGUGUAUUUCGCCUGAUCUCACUUGUCCAGCGAACCUUUACCCACCCACCUCGAAACAAAAAAAAAACACACAGCAAACAUGGUCCUUCUCGGAGAAGUCAGCGAUGUCCACAAGGACCAGUCCAAGAAGCCCAUCGCGUACGUAGACAGCUUGGUCUAUGGAUCGUCUGCUGCCGCCAGGGAGCUUCCAGAGUUCGAAAUGGCGGAAGAGCCUAUGCCUUCCGAGACCGCCUACCAGCUGGUCCACGAUGAGCUCGAGCUCGAUGGAACCCCCGCCCUCAACCUGGCCUCGUUCGUGACCACCUACAUGGACUCGGCCGCCGAAAAGCUGAUGAUGGAGAACAUGAACAAGAACGCUAUCGAUUACGAAGAAUACCCUGCUACGGUCGACCUGCAGAACCGAUGUGUGAACAUGAUCGGACGCCUUUUCAACGCGCCUACGAGCGAGAGCGAGGGAUGUGUUGGGACUUCGACCGUCGGAUCGAGCGAGGCUAUUAUCCUCGCCACUCUUGCCAUGAAGCGAAAGUGGCAGCACGCUCGGAAGGCCGCCGGCAAGCCUUAUGACAAGCCGAACAUGGUUAUGAACGCCGCGGUUCAGGUCUGUUGGGAGAAGGCCACUCGAUACCUCGAAGUUGAGGAGAGGUACGUUUACUGUACUCAGGACCGAUACAUCAUCGAUCCCCAAGAGGCGGUCGACCUUUGUGACGAGAAUACCAUCGGUGUCUGUGGUAUCCUUGGUCUUACGUACACCGGCGAGUAUGAAGAUAUCAAGACUCUAAGUGACAAGCUCGACCAGCUCGAGAAGGACAAGGGUUUGGACAUCAAGAUUCACGUCGACGCCGCUUCGGGUGGAAUGGUCGCUCCCUUCUGUGUCCCGGACCUGGAAUGGGACUUCAGGUUGCCCAGGGUUGUAUCGAUCAACACCAGUGGUCACAAAUACGGAAUGACCUACGCCGGAAUUGGGUGGGCGCUCUGGAGGAGCAAAGAGUACUUGCCCGAGGAUUUGAUCUUCCAUGUCAACUACCUUGGAGCCGAUCAGGCUUCGUUCACCUUGAACUUCUCGAAGUCUGCUGCCCAGAUUGUCGGACAAUACUAUGUCUUGAUCCGCAACGGAAAAUCUGGCUUUAGGGCCAUCAUGCAAUCCAUCACCGAGACUUCGGACUACCUCGCUGCUCAGCUCGAGGCUACCGGAAGGUUCACCAUUAUGAACCCUCGACAGGGCAAGUCGCUACCUCUCGUAGCUUUCAGGUUGAAGGGAGACAACCACUUCAACGAGUACGAUGUUGCUUCGACCUUGCGAAGCCGUGGAAACUGGAUCGUUCCGGCUUACACCAUGGCCCCCAAGGCUGAAAGUCUCCGUCUACUCCGAGUCGUUUGCAGGAUGGACUUUUCUCGAUCUCGAUGCAAUGCCUUGGUCCGCGACCUGGUCCAGACUCUCGAGCUCCUAGACAAGCAGUCCAAGGAAGCAAUCGAGUCUCACCGCGAGUUGAAUUCCAAGCACAAGAAGAGCAAGGCCAAGCACCACCAUGGUCACGAGUCCGGCAACAAGGACAACAACACUCUUCAAUCGAAGACUGGCAAGACCCAUGCUGUAUGUUAGAAGAUUGUGAAGUGAUCUGACUGUAUCGACUGGGAUUGAGGGAAAUGAAAUCGAAAUGAACCGCUUCCAUGUUUCCGCCA